AUGCUACGCGGACUGGUCCGGGCUGCGGCCCCGGCGCACGGAGUCCUCUGGGCGCGGGGCUCUGGUAGCCGGGCGGAGGUCCCGGCCCACGUGGUGGACCUGCGCAGCGACACGGUGCCCAGGCCUGGGCCAGCCCUGAGGCAUGCCAUGGCCGAGGCGGCCGCGGGGGACGACGACGAUGGCGAGGACCCCACCGUCCGCGGUGAGCCCGGCGGCGAGGGUCGUGGAGGCGACCCCGGGGCGCUGUCCGUGGUGCUGGCGGGAGGGACGGCCCGGACAGCUGCUGCAGAGCUGCUUGGGCUGGAGCGGACUCUGCUUGUGCCCAGCAACACCAUGGCCAACCUCAUCGCUGUGAUGGGCCACUGCCGGCGCCGGGGCUCCCAACUCCUCCUUGGGCAGGAGUGCCACCUCCACGUCUAUGAGCAGGGUGGGGUGGCUCAGAUCGCCGGGGUGCACUCCCAGCCCCUCCCAGACCUGCCCCACGGCACCCUGGACCUGGCUGAGCUGGAGAGGUUGAUCACUCGGGGCCUCGGGAGCCCCUACCACCCGGCCUGCGAGUCCAUUUGCCUGGAGAACACGCACAGCAACUCGGGGGGCCGCGUCCUCCCCAUCGACUACCUAUGCCAGGUGCACCUCCUGGCCUGGACCUACGGGGCCCGGGUCCACCUGGACGGGGCCCAGCUGAUGAACGCGGCGGUGGCCCUGCGUGUGCCGCCUGCCUGCAUCGUGGAGCACUGCGAUUCUGUGUCUUUCUGCUUCUCCAAGGGCCUGGGUGCCCCGGUGGGGGCUCUGAUUGGGGGGCCCAAGGAUUUCAUUGAAGAAGCCUGGCGCCUCCGGAAAGCUCUGGGUGGGGGCAUGCACCAGGCAGGGGUGCUGGCUGCGGCUGCCCUGGUGGGACUGACUGAGGCAGAGGAGGCCCUGCAGAGGGACCAUGAGAACGCCCAGAGAUUCGCCAAGGGACUCCAGGGACUGGCGUCGCCCAUCUGCUGGCUGGACCCCGCUGCCGCGGAGCCCCACAGGGCGACGGUGCGCGGGGCCGCCGCCCCGGCGGAGCUGCGCGGGCGUCCGCGGGCCGUGAGCGCGGACGGCGGCCAGACGGGCCGCGCGGUGAGCGCGCUGCUGUUCGCCUGGACGGAGCGGACUGCGCGCGCCGAGCGGCACCGCGACAUCCCGGCGCGAGACACCGAGCUCGCGCGGAGGAGGCGGGAGCUCGUGCGCGGGCAGUCGGAGUCCCGAGGGCGGCGAUGGGGACCCUGGGAGCUGGCUGGGUUGGGGGCGCGGAGAGGAGGCGUUCAGGGCCUGGGGCGGAGGCCAUGCCGGGAACCCCCCACGCGCUCCAAGGUCUCCUUGUAA